AUGAAAAAUGGAAAUUAUACAGUUGUGACUGAGUUUGUUCUCCAGAGAUUUGCACAGAACUGGGACCUACAGCUGUUCCUUUGUGCUCUCCUCCUGCUUUUCUAUGUCAUCAUCCUACCUGGGAACAUCCUCAUCAUUGUGACAAUAAGGAAUGACCCCCGUCUGGGUUCCCCCAUGUUUUUCCUAUUGGCCAACCUGGCCUUCAUGGACAUCUGCUAUAGCUUUGUCACCCCUCCAAAGAUGAUCACCAACCUCUUCUCCGGCAGGAGAACCAUCUCCUACCCAGGCUGCAUGGCUCAGAUAUUUUUCAUACAUUUUUUUGGUGGUGCUGAGAUCUGCCUCCUUAUUUCCAUGGCUAUUGACCGGUACGUGGCUAUCUGCCACCCAUUGCACUAUGCCACUGUGAUGACCAAGGCAGUGUGUUGGGUGUUGGUGCUAUGUGCAUGGGCCGGAGCUUUCAUGCAUUCCAUGAUCCAGGCCAUCCUCAUUAUUCCACUCCAGUUCUGUGGCCCCAAUGAGGUGGACAACUUCUUUUGUGAUAUCACCCAGGUCAUCAAGCUGGCUUCCACCAACACUUACACACUACAGUUUGUCAUGUUUGUCAAUAGCUGUUUGGUGGUCACUACAUGUUUUAUCCUUCUCCUCAUCUCCUAUGGAGUACUGCUGGUUAAGGUGAGGACAGGCUCCAGCCAUGGCAAGAACAAAGCCUCUUCUACAUGCAUCACCCAUAUCAUCAUUCUCGUCGUCAUGUUUGGUCCAGCUAUCUACAUUUAUUGUCAUCCCUUCCAGGACUGCCCCUUUGACAAGUUGGUGGCCUUUUUCCACACGGUGGUCUUCCCCUUGAUGAAUCCCAUGAUCUAUACAUUGAGAAACAAGGAGAUCAAAGUUGCUAUGUGGAGACUGCUCAUGAAACAAAACAUUUGUGGAAACAAGUGA